UUAAAACCCCGCCUACUUCCUAAAAGUAGCUCAGCUGUUCAGUGUUCAGGUUGGAGUGGAGUCUUUUUCAUCUCUCUGGUUAAAUAAACUGUGAAGGUAGAAAGUGUGUGUGAGCUGAUGUGAAUCCAGCAGCAUGGAUCAGUGUGAGGACAGAGAGGAAGGAGUCCCUCCCUUUAAACGUAAUGUGAUGAGGUUAGCUGCGAUGUACAUGAAGAAGUGUGAGGCUCAGAGUGUCCGUCAGACAGUAGAACGUAAACACAAACCUGAACCUAAACCUGAUCCCAGCUGUGUGUCUAUGAAGAGUGACGGGUCCAUGAAUCGUCCAAUAAGAUUUGACUCCAGAAGGAUCCAUCAAACACUAGAAUACCCUGAACCUAAACAUAAAGUUACACUCAAACCUAAACCUGAUCCCAGCUCUGUGUCUAUGAAGAGUGACGGGUCCAUGAAUCGUCCAAUAAGAUUUGACUCCAGAAGGAUCCAUCAAAAACCAGAAUACCCUGAACCUAAAACUAAGCUCAAACAUAAACCUGAUCCCAGCUGUGUGUCUAUGAAGAGUGACUGGUCCAUGGAUUGUCCAAUAAAAUUUGACUCCAGAAGAGUGAAACAGCAGAGUUUAAAUGUUCUCAGUGAUCAGUCUGUUCAUCAGCAUCAAACACAGCUGGACUCCAUAUUUAAGCUGCUGGAGGACAAAGUUGUCACUUUUGUGAAGAAGGAGCUGAAGAAGAUACAGAGGGAUCUGAAUCCAGAUUACCCAGAAUGCUUAGAGAGUCAGAGGGAGGAUGAGAGGUGUUUGAGGUGAGGAUGAAG